AUGAUUUUUCACUAUAUUUUAUUUAAAAGCAAGAAAUUUGCACCAUUUCCCCGUAGAUCGGUCGUGCCUACUUCAAAAUGCCUAAAAAUAAAAGACCAUCAAAUUCCUCAUAAACCACAAAUUUUACAGUCAUAUCAUUUUGAAAAUAAAUCACAACUGGAGGAUUCGGCGGAUCUGAUUCUUCAGACAUCCGACUUUUUGAAAGUACAUACAGAAACUUGGAAGAUGCAUAAUUUACAUUAUUCUGUGAAACCAUGUCAAAACAGAACACUUCAGUAUAGAUUUGACAAAAGAUAUCAGGAUGUACACAGAAAGGCACUGGCUGAAAUGAAACCAACGGUGGACACGACCGCACCCAAAACAUUCCAGUUGAUUCAUUUCCAUUCUAAAACUCAAAGAAUUGAGAAAGAGAAUUUGAACAGAAUAGAAGAAGAGAAUAAUCGACUUUUGAAGAGAAUGCAUGAAAUUCAUAGAAGUGGCUAUACUGACAAUCGAAAUAAUUACGUUGCAAAAAGCUUAAAUAAGAAACAAAGACUGAAUGAGGUAAAACGCAUUACUCAGGAUAAUGAAGAACUUGCUAAAAAACUGAAAAACUGUAAAAAUGUCUACAAACGGGAGGAUUGGGAAAAUGAUUGGGCAAAGGCGUUAAACUAUAUGACAAAUAUAUCAAAAUUUGGAAUGAAUUCUCAGAGAUGUAGUAUAAAAUGA